GAGAACGCGCCAUGGCCUCACCCUCCGCUCCGCCGCCCCUCUUCAUUUUCUAUUGCUCCCCCGGUGCCGGCCCCGGUCUCCACCCACGUAUCCGCGGAGGCGGAGGAGCUGCCGCUCAGCGAACUCGACGCGCCCAUCCCGUCUCCCCCCUGGCGAUUCAUUCGGCCGCCCAAACCCACAGGGAGUCGGAGCCGGAGGAGGGAGGCGUUCUGGAGUCCGUCCAAGGAGCAGUUGGCGACGACGGAAGGCGCAGCACACGAGCAACGUACGAGGGAAAGGGGAAACAAAGAGCCUUCUCCGAUCGUCGCCAGCUAGCUACCCACCUGUCCUCCGGAUGUCCUGGAGUUCUGCAUGCCCAUGGAAAAUUCAGUUCGCCGCGUGAGAUGCCCGAGGUGCCACAGCGUUCUCGAGGAGCCCAGCGCGCCGGUGUACCAGUGCGGCGGAUGCGGCACUAGCCUUCGAGCAAAGAACCGUACCGGCACCGGCACCGGCAGCACGGGAGACGCGGCCGGGGCGUCGCCGGCGCGGAGCUGGCUGCCUCCUCAGAGCAGGCACCUGGACGCCAGCGACGUCGCGAGCACCAGCAGGUCCAGCACCCCGACCCCUCCUCGUGUCGCCAGCACCAGCAGGUCCGGCACCCCGACCCCUCCUGACGUCGGGACCAGCUGGCACCGAGACACCGACGCGACAGGCACCCGGCAUGGUUCCGGUGAUCUCGCUCUCGUGUCGGCCGGGACGCGUGGGUCCGGUGACGUCGCGAGCACCAGCAGUACUCCUGUUGCCACCGCGAGAAGCAGGCGCCGCCAAGGCACCGACGCGACGAGCCGUGGCUCCGGCGACGUUGCCAGCACCAGCAGUACUCCUGACACCACCGCGAGAAUCAGGCGCCAAGACACCGACGCGACGACCCGUGGCUCCGGCGACGUUGCCAGCACCAGCAGCACACCUGACGCCAGUGCCGACACGACGAGACGGGGCGAGUCCGGUGGUCCCGUGCCGGCGAGGAAUCGUGUCCCUGAGCAAGCGGCAGCGGCACUGAUCGAGAAAAGAGGGCGCGAACAGAGCGCGGCCGGUCAGGAAGUCCGUGACGACUCUGAAGGCCGCGGAACACGAGAUGCCAGUGGUGCGGAGUCCGGCGUCGGUGGUGUCGGCUUCUCCGGAGGAAACAGAGAUGCCACUCCUGAAUUGCAGGAUGACACGGAGAAGGGGAUGAAACGCCAUGACGAAUCUAACGAUGCUGCGAGAAAGGAACGUCGUGGUGAAGCUGCAGAGCAGCCGCGUUACGACCAUGACCGACGCCAAGAACUUGCACCGAAAUCAUCGGCUCAACCCGCGGCUGCUCAGCUUGCACGCGAAGAUGAAGCUGCUACUGCCGGAGAAAAGGCGCCGAGCCCUUCUCGCCACGAGGUUCAAGAGGAACAUCUGCGGCCCCUGCGGAAGAAGAUUCUGAAGACGGUGGAUGAGCUGAAAGGCGAUCUCUCUGAACUUUUCAGCAAGUCCCCCGAGCUCAACGCGCCACGCGCGCGCCCUCCUCGUCUUCCCAGGCAAGAAGCCUACGUGUCCCACGCGGUGGCGGGGGCGGCCUCGGGCCUCCCUGCCAGAGCUCGCCACGUCGCUUCUGCUGCCGAAGGUCACCGUGGCAGCGUAGCUCGUGCGGCGAAGCCCCGUCCAGCCGCGGCUCCUCCCCGUGGCUUGCCAUCCCGGCGCUACCGCCAGUGCAGAGCGCACCCGUGCUGCCAUGACGUGGAUCCGAGGCCGUGCCAUCACGGGCACGGCUGCUGCGGCCACCACGGCAAACCGGAGUGCAGCAGCUGCCGAGGAUACUGCUGCAGGCCCAGAGCGCUGGAGCCGUCCGCGCCGCGGAAGCCCCCGGCAGCCAAGGAGCCCAAGCGGCGGCUGCCGCCCCGCAACCACUGCCGGCCAGUACUGAAGGGCGCGCCGUUCAUCGUGUGCUCCAGCUGCUUCAAGCUGGUGCAGGUGCCCGCCGACUUCGCCGUCUCGACCAGGAUGGUGCGCAGGAUGCGGUGCGGCUCCUGCUCCACCGUCCUCUCCUACUCCUACAGGGACCCGGCCAGGAAGAAAGCCUACCAGGACUCGGUCAAUCGGUGCAGCACAGACGGCUCCGAGCUGCACGGCGGCACAGGCGACCAACGGUCGGACCCGUUCGCGCCGUUCAUCGAUGGCUUCGGCCUCAGCAGCUACUCGACGGAGGACGAGCGGCGGCUGCCCGUCUCGAGGAACACGUCGUUCGACACCCUCGACGGGACGAAAGGCGUGGGACGGCUGCACCGGCUGAUGGGGUACGGGUCAGCUAGCGAGCUGCUGCGGCACUCCCCUGACCUGUACGAGAGCUUCAGUGAGCGAACGACGCCUGACGUGAGACAGCACGACACGAAAGGGAAAGGCGUUUGCAUCGACGAUGACGACUACGACUACGACUUGGAUGACACUGACGAUGAAGACAUUGGUGCGCUGAAGAGAUCAGCGAGGAAAGGGUCCGGCUGGACGCUCCCAUGGAUUCCCGGCAAGCGGCAAGGGGACUCGGGAGCCAUCAGGAUCAAGUAAAUAGCAGGAAAGGCCUGUGUAUAUUGCAGGAAUAGGUUCGGGUUUUGGAAUUCGAAUUGGAAUUUAUUUCAUAGUUUUGCUAUUCCUUUUAGGCGCACUAUUGGAUUUAUAGGCUGUUUGUUUGCC